GAGGGAGACGGAUGUUGAGAGAACGAGGAGGAAGGAGAGAAAAUGGCGUCCACGGAUUACAGUCCCUAUAGCCAGGCUGCAGCACAGCAGGGCUACAGUGCUUACACCGCCCAGCCCACUCAAGGAUAUGCACAGACCACCCAGCAGGCAUAUGGGCAACAAAGCUAUGGAACCUAUGGACAGCCCACUGAUGUUAGCUAUACCCAGGCUCAGACCACUGCAACUUAUGGGGAGACCGCCUAUGCAACUUCUUAUGGACAGCCUCCCACUGGUUAUACUACUCCAACUGCCCCCCAGGCAUACAGCCAGCCUGUCCAGGGGUAUGGCACUGCUGCUUAUGAUCCCACCACUGCUACGGUCACCACCACCCAGGCCUCCUACGCAGCUCAGUCUGCAUAUGGCACUCAGCCUGCUUAUCCAGCCUAUGGGCAGCAGCCAGCAGCCACUGCACCUACAAGACCGCAGGAUGGUAACAAGCCCACUGAGACUAGUCAACCUCAAUCUAGCACAGGAGGUUACAACCAGCCCAGCCUAGGAUAUGGACAGAGUAACUACAGCUAUCCCCAGGUACCUGGGAGCUACCCUAUGCAGCCAGUUACCACACCUCCAUCCUACCCUCCUACCAGCUAUUCCUCUACACAGCCGACUAGUUAUGAUGAAAGCAGUUACUCUCAGCAGAACACCCAUGGGCAACCGAGCAGCUAUGGACAGCAGAGUAGCUAGAGCAGCAGCUACGGGCAGCAGAGUUCAUUCCGACAGGACCACCCCAGUAGCACGGGUGUUUAUGGGCAGGAGUCUGGAGGAUUUUCCGGACCAGGAGAGAACCGGAGCAUGAGUGGCCCUGAUAACCGGGGCAGGGGAAGAGGGGGAUUUGAUCGUGGAGGCAUGAGCAGAGGUGGGCAGGGAGGAGGACACGGUGGAAUGGGCGCUGGAGAGCGAGGUGGCUUCAAUAAGCCUGGUGGACCCAUGGACGAGGGGCCAGAUCUUGAUCUAGGCCCACCUGUAGAUCCAGAUGAAGAUUCUGACAACAGUGCAAUUUAUGUACAAGGAUUAAAUGAUAAUGUGACUCUAGAUGAUCUGGCAGACUUCUUUAAGCAGUGUGGGGUUGUUAAGAUGAACAAGAGAACUGGGCAACCCAUGAUCCACAUCUACCUGGACAAGGAAACAGGAAAGCCCAAAGGCGAUGCCACAGUAUCCUAUGAAGACCCACCUACUGCCAAGGCUGCCGUGGAGUGGUUUGACGGUAAAGACUUUCAAGGGAGCAAACUUAAAGUCUCUCUUGCUCGGAAGAAGCCUCCAAUGAACAGUAUGCGAGGCGGUAUGCCACCCCGUGAGGGCAGAGGGAUGCCACCACCACUCCGUGGAGGUCCAGGAGGCCCAGGAGGUCCUGGGGGACCCAUGGGUCGCAUGGGAGGCCAUGGAGGAGAUAGAGGAGGCUUCCCUCCCAGAGGACCCCGGGGUUCCCGAGGGAACCCCUCCGGCGGAGGAAACGUCCAGCACAGAGCUGGAGACUGGCAGUGUCCCAAUCCGGGUUGUGGAAACCAGAACUUCGCCUGGAGAACAGAGUGCAACCAGUGUAAGGCCCCAAAGCCUGAAGGCUUCCUCCCGCCACCCUUCCCGCCCCUGGGUGGUGAUCGUGGCAGAGGUGGCCCUGGUGGCAUGCGGGGAGGAAGAGGUGGCCUCAUGGAUCGUGGUGGUCCCGGUGGAAUGUUCAGAGGUGGCCGUGGAGGAGACAGAGGUGGCUUCCGUGGUGGCCGGGGCAUGGACCGAGGUGGCUUUGGUGGAGGAAGACGAGGUGGCCCUGGGGGGCCCCCUGGACCUUUGAUGGAACAGAUGGGAGGAAGAAGAGGAGGACGUGGAGGACCUGGAAAAAUGGAUAAAGGCGAGCACCAUCAGGAGUGCAGAGAUCGGCCCUAUGAGAUGCAGAGACCCCGCAGAGCUGCAUUGACUACCAGAUUUAUUUUUUAAACCAGAAAAUGUUUUAAAUUUAUAAUUCCAUAUUUAUAAUGUUGGUCACAACAUUAUGAUUAUUCCUUGUCUGUACUUUAGUAUUUUUCACCAUUUGUGAAGAAACAUUAAAACAAGUUAAAUGGUAA